AUGAAGAGGGAGGAAUCAUUGAUUGUGUGGCCCAUGAUGUGUUCUCGUUUCUGGAGAAGAAGAGGAGUGAUGGAGUGAAGGCCACAGUGCAUGUUUCAUAUAUGGAGCUGCACAUGGAGGAACUACGAGAUCUGUUGGAGCUGCAAACCAUUCACAAAGAGCUUCACAUCCGAGAGGAUGAAAAGGGAAACACAGUGGUGGUGGGAGCCAGAGAGAUGCUGGUUACUUCAGCCAAGGAAUUGCUCAGUGCGUUUGAGACGGGGAACGCCCUGCGACACACCGGCGCUACAGGAAUGAAUGAGCACUCCAGUCGUUCUCACGCCAUCCUCAGCCUUCAGGUCAACAUCACCAGCAGCUCCUCUCUAAAGCUUGUCCGGUCCUCCAAACUCUGUCUGGUCGACUUGGCCGGCUCGGAACGUGCUGGAAAAACUGGAAACACUGGGACCAGACUCAAAGAAUCGGUUCAAAUCAACACGGGCCUGCUUGCGCUCGGGAACGUCAUCCGCGCCCUCUCUGACCACGGCCGAAGUCGCCGCGGUCACGUGCGCAGCAARGCGCACGUUCCGUACCGCAACGCCAAGAUCACCCGUCUCCUCCGCGACUCUCUGGGAGGGAGCGCCCACACGCUGAUGGUGGCGUGCGUCAGCCCCUCCCACCACUCCGUCGCAGAAACUCUGAACGUCCUGCAGUUCGCUUCCAGGGCUCGUCACGUCRGCAAUUGUCCCGGAGCGGCACCCACUCACGCAGCGCUCCAACCGGGCCCCGACCCCUGGAACCCCGCCGAGGCUCGACUCGAGGAGCUGGAGUAUGAAGUGAAGACGCUGAGAGAGCUGCUGAAAGACAAGGAGAAGGAUAUAGAGGUGGAAAGAGAGAAGACGGGUAGUAGAGGUGGAGAGGAUGGCUUCAGACGGUCCGGUCGGAUCAGGGGGUCAGAACCGGAUCAGGAGGGGAACCAAAGGACGGCCUGGCAGUACCGCCUCCUGGUUCAGGAAGCUGCAGGUUUGCUCGCAGAGGUUUCUGGUUCUUCUCCAAGUCUUCUGUUCAAGCAGCGACUGCGAGACUGGCAGCAGAGGCUGGCAGCUGUCAGUCAGCCCCAUCAUGUGACUGAUACAGACUCUGAGGAGUGUACACACCCAGCUCACCAUUUAACUCUUUUAAAGCUUCAAGAAGAACUCAACCAGUGCCAGGAGGUUGUCAGUGUAAAAGAGCAAGAAUUAAAAAAGAAAGACACUGAACUAAAACAACUACAAGAAGAAGCUGAGAAACAUCUAGAAGAGAGAAAAGCCCAGUUUGUAGCCUUAGAGGAGGAAAAGGCGCGAACUCGAAUACAGACGGAGCAACUGGUGAAUCAGCAGAUUCUGAUCGACCGCCUUCGCAGCAGCCUCUGGACCUUCCAUGGGACGACCUCAGGGGCAACCGUGGAAGCAAAGACUUCUGGGUAUUUGUACAACAGACCUCACAGUGUCCCUCUGGUCCGACACAGCUGUGUGCACYGAGCGUCCAGGGAGAUUCACUCCAGCCCUCCGGUCUACUCACUGGAGAGGGUGAUGGCAGCUUUUAAGAUGCGGGGCCACCUCCUGCUGGCUGAGAUCCAGGAGAAGGAUAAAGUCUACUGUCCAUUUAUUGAGCAGCAGGCAGCAAGCAGUGAAACCAGGGAGGAGGAGGAGGAGGAGGAGGAGGAGGAGGACAGUGUUGUGGGCAAAUUUAGGCGGUCAUUGAACCGAACAUGGACCAGCCGGCAGAAGAAGUUACGCCCUAAAGAGAAAAGCACUCCACAGUUUCAGACACAUGACAGAAACACAGAAGCACAGCAGCAUACGACAACAAAUUCGGUGGAGAACCAGCCUCAGGAGAGGCAGGUGAAGAAGGUCAGGAGAGCUGGUGUCACCGAAAGAAGAAUCCAUGAGCUGACUGUGAACAUGCGCAUGAAGGAGGAGCUCAUCAAAGAACUCGACAAAACUGAAAGGGAAARGGAAGCAGUGGACCGAGGCGGUGGUCGGCACACCGGUAAAACAGACCUGCUGGUACAACUUUCCUCACGGAGCCAACAGGUCCGGGCCGAGGUGUACCACAGUCUGCAGCACAUGAGGCUGCAGAAGCUACAGCUUCAGAGCUGUCUGGGGCAGCUGGAGGAACUCAGYGACAGCAACAGGAAAAAACACCAAAACAGGGGGCAAAGUGCAGGGAUUUCAGCUGUCUUCAAAGAUCACCAGGAAGAGUCAAACAAAAAGCUGUGUGACAGUAGUUGGCUGGAGGAAGAGGAGGAACACGUUCUUCAGAAGCGAGCAGAGCAGCAGGAGCUGGAGGAGGAGCGGAGGAGUCGAGAGGAGGUGCUUCUACGCAGGCAGGACUGUUUGCAACAAAAACGUGAACUAGAGGUCAAGAAGUUACYCUUCAGUCAGGCUUUGAGCCGGGAUCUGCUGCGUGUAUCUGUGCAGCUGGAGUCUGUGGAGGAGCAGCUGCAGAGCAGCAGCAGUGUGAGGAAGGCUGGAGGAGUUUCCAGGGAGGAACUAGAGAAAGAAAGCYACAUGCUGAAGAUGAAAAGAGACACUUAUGAAACCCAGCUGAGGGACAACACAGUGCUCACUGCAGAUGAGGAACUCUCCCUUCUGCAGCUGGAAGAAGCRAUCGAGGCUCUAGAUGAAGCUCUCKAAUUUAAAAACGAUUCUAUUAAAAAGAAGGAGCGGGUUUUAGUCAGCGACUCCUCUUUGUAUCUGUCACAAAGUGCUGAGCUCCCUCAACACUGGGACUUUACCAGGAAGCUGAAGAAGCUCUCACCAGCUGAGGCUGUGGAUCUCCUUAUCAAAUAUUUCAACAAGGUUGUUGGUCUCAGAGAGGUGGAGCGCCAGCUACGUUUGCGGUGUGAAGAGUUGGAGCUUCAGGCUGACGAGCAGGAGGCGGCUCUAAGAGAGAUGGAAGCGGCCAUGCAGCAUCUGGUCCUGGAUGCAGACCGCAGACUCACCCAGCAGCACAGAGAGCAUCAGAACAGCAUUCAGCUUCUACUGCAGAAACUCAACGAGGAUGUUUCUGGAGUGGCACAACAGGCAAUACAAGACAGACUGCAGCAUCUAGAGAAGGAGCUGUUUUUCUACAAAAGCUCCAGUCGGCAGCUCAAAAAGAAAUUGAAAGAACUUGAUUCCGUCGACCCUGACCAUCAGCCCUCGCACAGACAAACGCAAAACAUGCAGACACACACGAGCACAAGUAAAGUCCAAGCUCCUUCUGCACAUACUGCAACCACGUACACAAAAAUAUACACUGAGCAAACUGACACACGCGGAGUUUCUUCUGACUGCCAAGCACACCAACAGCCGAAGAUGUCUGAACCCAAUCAYACACUCACACCGUCUCACGGGAGGAGCGCAAGAGUUCAAUCUGAGAGAGGUUUACAGAUGACACCUGUCAGAUUGUGUCGCAGAGAGCUGAGGCAGAUUUCWGGACCUGACCUGCAGGUCCCCAGUUCUGCCACUAGGAAGCAGCAGUCUGCUGUUGAUGACAGCAUUGAGUCAAUGAUGGAGGAUUCAAUAGAAGUGACCAAAAAAACUUGACAGAUGAUUUUAUUUUCUGACCUGUUUAAAAGCUUUUUAUAUGUGUAACAUUUCCACAGAUGUCUUUGUCAAAUUCCAGGUGAUUCAGCAAUGUGUGAAAAUCUUCACAAUUCGUUGGAAAAUCCCUAAAAACCUUUUUAGCUGAAGCACAUUUUUUUUUAUCAAAGGUCAUAACAUUCACAAACCAACAGUUAUCACUGACAUUUGUCAAGUUCAAAAAAAUAGAGACAUCAUAAAGAUGAUCUUACCCUUUAUGAUCUUAUUUARGAAAAGAAGAUAAACUAAAACCUGUGACAGAUAGUCCAUUUUCUGUUGUCUUGGCACAGUCUAGUAUAAACUUUUAGGUUUUGCCUCUGAUUAAAAGAGAUAAAUGAAGGAAAUAUUGUCAUCACCUGAAUAUAUGUAGUUAGCUGUUUUUUGUUCAUUUUAGUUGUUUUUAUUUUGGAUUUGAUAGUAGGAUGAAAGUUUAUAUGAUAAUAUAAAUUUAUAGCACUUUUAAAUUCUGUAUAGCACUACACAUUCUGUUUUGUUCCUGUGCAUUAUUUCAGCAUCUUAAGUUUAAAACUCUGAACCUAAAUUAUAUAUUUUUUUAAAAAACGUGCUUCUUUUUUUGGAUCAGGAGCAGUUCAUAUAAAUAUGAGUUUUUCUAACUGUGCAUACUAAUGCAUGUUGCUAAUGAAAGAUCCCAGAACAAGCACUUUUUAUUUCUUAAAUUGUUUCGGUUUUUGCACUAUAUCUCAUCUUAUGACCAACGCAAUCUAUAUAAACUAAAUUAUUAUUUUUUCUAUUUAAACAACAUGAUUAGCUCAAACAACACUGCCUUUGUGGACCAAUUGUAAACUUUUUCUUUUAAUUAUAGUGUUAUUAUUUUGUAAGUGUUGCUUUUUAUACAGCCUAAUAUUAAAAUUCUUUAUAACAUAU